AGGCCGCAGUGCGGGCCGGGGCCGCGGCGAUGCUGGAGGAGGCGGGUGAGGUGCUGGAGUCGGUGCUCAAGGCCUCGUGCCUCCCGCUCAGCGUCCUGCUCUUCGUGCCCGCCGUGCUCCUGCUCCUGGGGCCGCCGCCCGCCGCCGAGGCGGCGCACGAGUUCACGGUUUACCGCAUGCAGCAGUACGAGCUGGGCGGGCAGCCCUAUGGCACCAGGAGCGCGGUGCUGAACACGGAGGCGCGCACCGUGGAAGCGGACGUGCUGAGCCGCCGCUGCGUCAUGAUGCGGCUGGUGGACUUCUCCUACGAGCAGUACCAGAAGGCUCUGCGCCAGUCAGCCGGGGCUGUGGUGAUCAUCUUGCCACGAUCCAUCUCCUCUGUCCCCCAGGAUGUUGUGCGGCAAUUCAUGGAGAUAGAGCCAGAAAUGCUUGCUAUGGAAACCAUUGUGCCAGUCUACUUUGCAGUGGAAGAUGAGGAGCUGCUGUCUAUCUAUGAACAAACACGGGCUGCUUCUGCAUCACAAGGUUCUGCCUCAGCUGCAGAAGUUCUGCUGCACACAGCAACUGCCAAUGGCUUCCAGAUGGUGACCAGCGGGGCUCAAAGCAAAGCUAUCAAUGACUGGCUCAUCCCCAGUGUGGAGGGAAGGCUGACAGGGCUGGGUGGAGAAGACAUGCCCACUGUUGUGAUAGUUGCCCACUAUGAUUCCUUUGGAGUGGCUCCAUGGCUGUCCCAUGGGGCUGACUCCAAUGGCAGUGGAAUCUCUGUGCUGCUGGAACUGGCCAGGCUGUUCUCUCGGCUCUACACCUACAGAAGGACCCAUGCUGGGUAUAACUUGCUGUUCUUUGCAUCUGGAGGUGGCAAGUUUAAUUAUCAAGGAACUAAGCGGUGGCUGGAGGACAAUUUGGACCACACUGAUUCCAGCCUGCUGCAGGACAAUGUAGCAUUUGUUCUCUGCCUUGACACUCUGGGCAGAGGCAAUAGCCUUCAUCUUCAUGUCUCAAAGCCUCCCAAGGAGGGCACCUUGCAGCAUGCAUUUCUGAGAGAACUGGAGAUGGUUGUUGCCAGCCAGUUCCCAGAGGUGAAGUUUUCCAUGGUGCACAAGAAGAUUAACCUGGCUGAGGACAUGCUGGCGUGGGAGCACGAGCGGUUCGCGAUCCGGCGCUUGCCGGCGUUCACCAUCUCCCACCUGGAGAGCCACCGGGACAGCCUGCGCAACAGCAUCAUGGACAGGAGGGCACGAAUAGACACUAAAGCACUGACCAGGAAUACUCAGAUCAUUGCUGAGGCUUUGACAAGGGUCAUCUACAAUCUAACAGAAAAGGGAACACCUGCAGAUAUGCAGAUCUUCACAGAUCAGAUGCAAAUCCAGCAGGAGCAGCUGGAGUCAGUGAUGGACUGGCUGAGCAGUCAGCCCAGGGCUGCCCAGCUUAUUGAUAAAGACAGCACCUUCCUCAACACCUUAGAAUAUUAUAUGGGACGCUACCUGAAGGAUGUCAAGCAGCAUCACGUGAAGGCAGACAAACGGGACCCCGAGUUUGUUUUCUACGACCAGCUGAAGCAGGUGAUGAAUGCAUACAGGGUCAAGCCAGCAAUCUUUGACCUGCUCCUGGCUGUCUGUAUUGCAGCCUACCUUGGCGUUGCCUAUGUUGCAGUGCAGCACUUUGGUCUCCUUUACAAGAUGAUACAGAGAUUAUCCCUUAAAACCAAACAGCAGUGAAGCACCAAGUCCCCCCCACCCAGCAGCACUGAGCCAUCGGUGAGCCCAUUGGGAACCUUCUGCCUUCCACUGAAACCCUGCUGUUCCUUUUCCUUUGUCUCCUCUUUGCUACUGUAUAGAGGGGAGGAAGGCAUAAAGAAAAUGAAAUUUUAACUCUUGUGCACCACUGAAGUGCUUUUCUUCACCUUCUUCCCCUGAGUUGCACCAUGUCUGGUUUACCUUUGCAUUUUGGUGAGGGAGAGGCUGAGAGACUCCAGCAAUUCCUGCAGUCUGAUUCUGAGCAGCUUCUCUGAGUGUAACACAAAGUCCAGCACCAUCAUGGACACUGUCACACAGCCAGCCUGGAAACUGAAACUACAGCCUGACAGAGUGGUAUCUCUGCCCAGCACACAAGGACUUGGAGCAGUGAUUUGAAAGAAAAAAAACAAAAAAGUGCACAUGCAAAUUAAAGAGAAUGCAAUUAGCAUGUUUCCUUAUGGCACCUCUUCCUUGAGUUCACUGCUGGCUUUAGGGAGUUGUGCUGAGCAAGCAGUGUCUGCAGCAAGCACCUUCUUGCAUUUUGUUCAAACUCACCCCCUUUUAGGAGGGGCACUGUGAGUGAUCAUGACUGUUAAAAUCAGGAUGAGGAAAGAUUAAGUUGGGUUAUUAAGUUGGGUUUCUGGCUUGAGGGUUCUUGCCAGGGACAGGUUCUCUCCUUUCUCUCUUGGAGGAUGCAUUUUGCUGUGUGCUUGAUUUUUCUGGAGGUUUUUGGUCCUUGAACAGUUCACAGCUGCCACCACUCUGUGCUAAACUCUUGCUUGAUUUUUGAGGGGUGUUCCAUAGUCCAUAGCUGCUGCAGGAUCCCAUUCUGUGCUGUUCCAUGUACUUACACAAGCUGGUUCUGUUGAUAACAAGAGCAGCUCAGACCUGGAAAAUAUAUUGAGAUACUACAAGCCCUAGGCUAGUUGUAGUUCUAGAACAUAACCCUGAGCACUGCCCUGCCACCCAGCAAGUUUUGAGUCCUUUUCUGUAAUCUCUUCUAUGUACAUGAGGUCUCUUCACAAGCCACAGUGAUGCUUUUCUUUAAAAUUUAAGCUAUUAUUUAUAAUUAAAGCAAUGUAUCUUACAGAGGCUGAAAAUUAUUUUUGAAUUGAAGUGCACCUUUUUUUUUUGUGUAUGCAAGAAAAAUUCCAGCUGUGGAUUCCUGUUUGCACAUACCUGCUGUGCACAUGCUUGUUAGAAAAGGGCUUGUUGUGGCCAGUCACUGUCCUUUGGAUGGUCACCAAAGCACUGAUUUCCAUCCUUCUUGGUUUAUUUUACUGUAAUCUUCUAGCAGUACCCUUACCCCAUGAUGUGUCCUUUCUGCUGCUUUAAAUAAGUAGCAACUUACUCUUUUUAGGGUCUUGUCUUUUUCCAGAAGAGCCUGCUGGUGUCAGUGGCUCACCAUGGUGUCCAAGCACUCCAGAAGGAUCAGCCACACAGGGAGAUCUGCCUUUUCCUGAUCUUUUGAGUGCUCAUUUGAAAUGUGUCUCUCUGCAUGCGUGAAGUGCUCAUGGCACUCCUCUGCCAAAUGAAUUCAUAAUGACUUCAGAAGUUGCUGGAGUGGCUGGAAGGCAAGCCUUGAUUGUUUUCCCCUGGUUGGUAUGCUCUGACCAUAGAGUGAAGCUGCAUGCCCUGGGCUGGGUAGGUUUAGAACAUGCUUGGUACAGUGGCUCUCUGAAGAACUCUGCAGGCUCUGAAUAUCUGGGAGUAAUUUGAGUCCUCCAGCUCAAACUGCAGCAUCCAUUUGUGGUGUGUUACACUUAAGGAGGUGGUGUUCCCUCCAGCCUAGCAGAGUAUUUCACCAGUCUUAAUUAUUAACUCCAUGCCUUUGCUGAGAAAAAUAGAAAAAGAAUAUUAGCAAUGCUGCUGCAGCUUGAGUUGAUGUGUAUAAAAUAUGCCAGUAGUGGGCAAGAGCGAACAGAACAGACCUGGGGCUUGUUCCUUGCUGUGGAAACUGCCUUCAGUCUUCCAGAUGAGAAGCUCAAAGUUCAGAGUCAAAAACUUCCACCCAGUCUGUUUGCAGAAGCUGUAGCACAAAGAAAACACCUUAGCUCUGUGUGGUCUCAGCAAUGAGCUGUUAAAACUGAUCCAGUGCCAGAAGCCAGUGGAAACAACCUAAAAAGAUGAAUAAAUGAGGAGAGUUCAUAAACCUGAAGGGCAGUUGGGAUGGUACAUUGCUGUCUCCCACACAAGGUUAGUUUGUCCUGUAAUCCUUUUUUUUCUCUCCCUGGCUGCCAUAAAAAGUAGUUUUUACAACAGAUAAAAGAGUUUCUGCUUUUGAUCAAAGUGCACGUGCACUGAAACAUAUAUGCUCAAAUCUGAGAUAGUCAAAUCCCAACUUCCUCAUAGCUGGAGCAGAGUGCCCAUCCUGGGAUUGAAUUUAAAUCCAAAUUUCCUCAUAGCUGGAGCAGUGACCAUCCUGGGAUUGAAUUUAAAUCCAAAUUUCCUCAUAGCUGAAGCAGUGACCAUCCUGGGAUUGAAUUGUUGUUUCCUUGGGUAAGUCAACAGAGAAGUUUGCAGAGAGCCCCCAGAGCUGAUCUGCACUGCAGCAUAACUGAUCAAUUCAGUCACCAACACAAAGCCAGAAACCCAACAGGUGGUGUGAUAAAAUAAAAGUUCUCCACAACAUUGCAGAAGAGCUCUGUGUAGCUGAUUCUUGUUGCCCUUGUUUUUACCUCUCCUCUAUUUUUGAGGAGUUGGCUUGGCCUGUAGGGAAGAGCAUGGAAAGCAGUAUAUCCACAUACACACAAGUGGCUAGCAGUUGAUACUCCUACCCAAAAAACCAUUUUCUUUGCUAUUUAUCUGACUUCACCUGUUGUCCUGGUGCUGUCAGAGUCUGCAGCUCACAAAAAAAUGGUUUUCCAGCAGGGUUUAACUGAAGCUGUUAAUUCCUUCUGUCUACUUCCACCUGCAUGGGCACUAUUGGGAAUUGUAUGGGAGUAAUUUGGAUUAUUGUAGUUCAUCUCCCAAAUGAGAGGGCUUGGUUUAUUGUUGGGAGGGAAAUAAUACUGUGCAAUAUGAACUCCUCUACUCAGUGCAGAGAAAAUCCUGAAGCCAGAAUGGAAUUAGGUCUCCCACUCUCUGUGGCUGAAAGUCACCACAAUCUGUUUAGACAUUCAAAACCACAGCUAUACCCAAAAUUGCUGUGGGGCUUGGUUUUGAGGGUGUUUUGUUGGUUUUAAAUCUCGUGCUCUUACAUUGUUCAUGGCCCAAUCCCAAAACCCAGGCUGCUCCUGCACCCUGUGUUUAAGCUGGGUUUUACAUUUCAGAGGUUUUACAUUUUAUUUGGUCUUGUCUCACCAAUCUGAAAUGCUGGGGCUGCUCCUGGAUGUCUCAGAAAAUUUGGCCUCUGGGUACUUGAGUGUGGACUCCUGCUUGCUCACUUUGAUCUGUUUAGUUUCCAUUUGUAGUUACUGCAUAGCAACUGCAAGGUUAUAAUCUGGAAUAUUUGCAGCUCAGGAAAAAGAUUUAUCUAGUAAUGUUAACUCAAUUAUUUAUCUCUUGUGUGCCCUGAAGAACAAAUGUAUAUUGAGGUGAAUAUUUAAAAGCUAAUAGAAAAUUCAAUGCAGUUGAUUUGCAUAUUUUAGGACUAUAAAUGUAAUAAUAUUUAAGUAUUUUAACUUCUUUUUUUAUUUGUUUGUCCCUUUUUCCCUUGGAAAAUAAACCAAGUGAAUAGGUUUGAUGGAUAGAUUUCUCAGAGAACUAUUUGCUCAAAAAAAUGGAAUCUCCUUGCAUUAUUUGGAGGAAUAGACACUCUACAAAAUGGGAGAAAAUCUAUGUAUUUAAAAGCUUCAUCCUGUCUAGCCAAAAGUAAAAUAGUACAACAGAAAACAUUUAUACACUCCAAGCAUGAUUUCAGCACCUUGAGGUGAGCAAAUUCCUGUUUAUUCAAAAGGUUUGUGCUCAUGUGAAGCAAUUAAAGUUUCUAUGCAAAA